GGAACCUUGACAGGUGUCGCGGCAAGCAAGCAAGCAUCCUUAUCUUAUCGCACUUGGCGGGGUCUUUUUUCUGACCCUGGCAGCCAGCCAAAAAAAAUAUUGGGGCUCAACACCAAGAAGGGCUGCAGCGAUCGUGAUAAUCUAGAAUCUAGAGAAUUGUUGAAACACGGCAUACUCGUAAAGACGAAAGGACCGCUCCACCCACGACAAACCCCUGCACUCCCACGAAGCCCACGCAAUGGGUAAGGUCAAGACGCCCAAGCGGGCUGGCGCGAGCACCUUGGGCCCCUACGAACGAAAGGCUGCGAAGCCCGCCGCCAACUCAAACAUCUUCCGCUUUGACAAGGACUUUGGCCAGCAUAUCUUGAAGAACCCCGGAAUCAGCGAUGCCAUUGUCGAAAAGGCAUACCUGAAACCCACCGAUGUCGUCCUCGAGGUCGGUCCAGGAACCGGCAACAUCACGGUUCGCGCCCUCGAGAAGGCAAAAAAGGUCAUUGCUGUCGAGCUUGAUCCUAGAAUGGGUGCAGAGGUCACCAAGCGAGUACAAGGGACGCCGUUGGCCAAGAAGCUCGAAGUCAUAUUAGGGGAUGUCAUCAAGAUGCCAGAGCUGCCGCCCUGCGACGCCCUCAUAUCUAACACACCAUACCAAAUUAGCAGUCCCCUCAUCUUCAAGAUGCUCGCCAUGCCGAACCCGCCAAGAGUCGCCGUGCUCAUGUUCCAACGAGAGUUUGCCAAAAGAUUGGUUGCAAAGCCAGGAGAUGCCCUCUACUCAAGAUUGAGCGUUAAUGUCAACUUUUGGGCCACAUGUAAACACAUCAUGAAAGUCGGGAAACAAAACUUCAAGCCGCCCCCAAAAGUAGAAAGUGAUGUUGUCCGGAUAGAACCACUGAUCGGCUCGGCGCGCCCGAAUAUCGCGUUCGAGGAAUUUGACGGCCUUCUCCGGAUCGCCUUCAAUCGCAAAAACAAAACACUACGAGCGUCGUUCGGGCCGAAGGAGGUACUGGCUAUGUGCGAAAGAAAUUACAAGGUGCAUUGCUCCCUUAACAAAAUUCCCAUCGACGAAAGCAUCGUAGAGAACGUUGCCUUCGACGACAACGUGGACACGAUGGACGUAGAGAUAGAUGUCGAAGGCGACGAUGAUGCCGGCAAUGACAACUCCGAAGAGCAGUGGCGCGGCCUCGAUAACGAUGACGAUGACGAGGACAUGCCCGCCUUCUUCAAGGAGCUGGGCGACGAAGGCAAAGAAGCCAAGACGCCAAGCAAACACCCAAAGACAAAGGUCGCUCUCAUCGUCCGCGCCAAGGUCGAAAAGGUCCUCACCACCACCGACCUCGCUGAUAGGAGAGCUAGGAUGUGCGACCAAAACGACUUUCUCAAGCUUCUUAUUGCUUUCCAUGAAGAAGGCAUUCAUUUCUCAUAGGUGCUAUUGCAAUAUAAGGAACGGGGCGGCGUUUACGAUUUGUCUAAUUUGGCAUUCGGGGUUGGUAUUGGAAUGACUGGUCUCUAAGUACCUAUUCAUGUUUCUUUGCGAGUUCUAGACAAAAACUUUGCAUUUGCACGGGGCGUUUUCUUGUUUUCGUCGUGGAUCUCGCGAGGCAUGAUGGGGAGGGAAUUGACCAGGCAUAUAUAAAAGGAAAGAAACGAAAAAGCGGGUGUAGUGACAAAAAAAUGUUGCUCAUGC